AUUAAAAACAUAAAACGGGUAAAUAAUUUUCUUUCUUCAAAAAUAAUUUUACAAGCGAAAUUUGAAAAUUGGAAACCCUCUCCUUCUUUUCUUUUCCCCAUAAUUUCAUGAAAAAAAUGGAGUCUUUUCAUCUUCAACCUUCAAUGUUAUAUUCAAAUAAUAAUAAUAAUAAUAAUAAUCAAAAUUACUAUGGAAAUCGAAAUUUUAUAAUGGAAGAAUAUAAUAGGGUAAAAACAGAGAAGUGGUUGAAGCAUUAUUCAUCUAGUCAUGAAAUAUUAAUAGUGGGUGACGGAAAUUUCUCAUUCUCACUGUCUUUGGCUAUGGCUUUUGGUUCUGCUUCUAAUCUUUUUUCAACUUCUAUUGAUUCUUAUGAUUCUUUGAUAACUACAUAUAAGAAAGCAGGAUUAAAUUUAUCACAGUUAAGAGCAAUGGGAGCUACCGUUGUACAUGAAGUGGAUGCGCGAAAGAUGAAAGAUCAUCCCUUACUCAAAUGGAGACAGUUCGAUUUCUUUGUCUAUAACUUUCCCCAUGCUGGCUUCUAUGGAACUGAAGACAAUCCUGCUAUGAUCAAUAUGCAUCAGGGUCUUGUCCAUGACUUCUUCAGUAAUGCUAGGUGUUUACUCCGACAAAACGGCGAAAUUCAUGUUACUCAUAAAACCAAGUCUCCCUACUCUUGUUGGAAUCUCAAAGAACUUGCACUCAAAAACUCCUUACUCCUAAAGGACAGUGUUCCUUUCAAUAUCAGGGACUACCCUUUCUAUGAGAACAAGAGAGGACAUGGUUCAACAAUCGAUGAACCUUUCGAUUGGAGAGACAGUUGUACAUUCAAGUUCACUCUUGCGCCGCCACUCAAAAUCUACGAGUACUUCAACAACCAUUUCUCAAGCCAUUCCAACCAGCCAGGUUGCAGGAAGAUAGACCUGUCAAACAGUUCGGUCGGGUCGGAUUCGGAUAAAAUUGGAUUACAGGUCACAAAAUUUUGUUCAAGACCUAAUAUUUUCAGGUCAGGGGUCGGGUCAAUUUUUGACAAGUCUACAGGAAGACUCUACCCCCGGCUAAAAUUCAUCGUCAAAGCAGAAGUUAGACAUCAUCCGAGGGCAGCAGGAUAUGCAGGGGUCUUAGUAGACGAAAACCAUUCAGUUCGAGCUAUGUUUUGUGGGCCAUUGUCUUAUUACAUGCCUUAUUUGGAUGUCAAUGUUGCUGCAUUACUUGCUGUCAAAUAUGCAAUACUGAUGUUUGAGAGAUCAGAGUAUUGCAACAGAAAUAAUGUGGUACUUGAUGUUGAAACUGAUUCCAAUCUUGCUGUUUCAUGGAUUGGAUCACAAUUUGGAAACCCUAGAGAGUUGUUUGCUGAUCUCAAGGAGAUUACUAUGGCUUUGGGUCGUAUUCAAAAUCAUGUCGAAUUCUGCUAUAAUUGGAGAGAAUAUCAAUAUGGAGGUAAUAUCAAGAAUAUAUUUUCAUAUUGUCUCGUACAAUCUUACAUGGAGCAAAUCACAUCUUUGAGUCAUGCAUGUGAAUAUUUUCGACAAAAUAUAGUGUUAGAUUUAUAUCCUUUUAUUUAUGUUAAUACCCUUACGCGCGAGCUGCAAUUUUUGGGACGUAGUUUAUAUCGUUAGAGAGUGCACAAUACAUCGGGUGCAUCUUUUAGAUAUGAUGUGCUGAGAAAUUAA